UGGUGCCGCCGCCAGUGCGAGGGCUACCGCGGCGUGGACAUCCGCGACUUGAGCAGCUCCUUCCGGGACGGCCUGGCUUUCUGCGCCAUCCUGCACCGGCACCGACCCGACCUGCUUGACUUCCAAUCUCUCUCCAAGGAAAAUGUCUUCGAGAAUAACCGUUUGGCCUUUGAAGUGGCUGAAAAAGAGCUGGGGAUCCCUGCUCUCCUGGACCCCAAUGACAUGGUCUCCAUGAGUGUCCCUGAUUGUCUCAGCAUCAUGACCUAUGUGUCCCAGUACUACAACCACUUCACCAGUUCUGGCCAAGGGGCUGUCUCACCAUCACCCUCACCAGGAAAGGACCCAGCACCCCACUCCCCCCCAUCUGCAUCCCCUGCUGUGCAACCAGGAGAGGAGGCUCAGGAUGAUGACCUCUCCUCAGGCAGCCUGUCUGAGCAAGGCCAACAGCAGCCCCCCAGCAGCGCAUGCGCAGCCUGUGGGCAGCGGGUGCACCUGGUGCAGCGGUACUUGGCCGAGGGCAGGCUCUACCACCGGCACUGCUUCCGAUGUCGGCAGUGUUCCAGCACGCUGCUCCCAGGUUCUUAUAAUAGUGGGCCCGAGGAAGGCACCUUUGUGUGUGCAGAACGCUGUACCAGACUGGGUCCAGGAGGCCGAUCAGGAACUAGGCCCCUGUCACAGCGAAAGCAGCAGCAGUUAACAGAAGCCAAGGAUGGAGAAGAGAGUGACCUUAGCCCAAGUGUGGCUGCAGUGUCCAAGGCAGAUGGGUUCCAGGCCAGCUCCGAGGUACAGCCCCAGACCUUGAACAAGCUUCUUCCCAGCAAGCCCCAGGGGCUGGCCAGUCCCCCUGUUGGCCGACCCACACCUGCCCCCAGGAAGGCUUCUGAGAGCUCAGCCUUGACGCCGCCAACACCACGGCCACGGUCCAGCCUGCAGCAGGAUGGCUUGGUGGAGCAGGGUAUCAGCAGCGGCCUUGUGAAUGGAAGACUGCAGGAACCCCCUGUUCCCAGGCCAAGAGGGACACCCAAGCUGUCAGAGAGGAUGCCAGCACCAAGGAAGGACCCCCCAUGGAUCACACUGGUGCAGACAGAGCCAAAGAAGAAACCAGCCCCGCUGCCCCCCAGCAGCAGUCCUGGGUCACCAAGCAGACAGGUGGAGAAUGGAGGCCUGGAAGGAAGGACCCAGAAGAGCCCAGUAGCUGAGCCAGAGCCCAAGCCCUACAACCCCUUUGAGGAGGAAGAGGAAGAAGAAGAGACAGCCCCAGCAGUCCCAGGCCCUGCCCCAGCCCCACCAGAAUCCACACCCAAGUCUCUGCACCCCUGGUAUGGCAUCACCCCCACCAGCAGCCCCAAGACAAAGAAGCGCCCUGCCCCGAAAGCACCCAGUGCUUCCCCCCUUGUUCUCCACGCCUCCCGCCUGUCACACUCAGAACCUCCUUCCGCCACACCAUCGCCAGCACUUAGUGUGGAGAGCCUGUCAUCCGAGAGCUCCAGUCACACUGCCAAUGCAGAGCCUUUGGAGAUGCCUGCCGUACCCAAGAGCUCCUCAGAUCCUGCUGUGCACGUGCCUGGUACCCCUGGCACAGCUGGGAACUCCGUCACCCCCUCAGCCAACUCUUCCCUAUCGUCUUCUGGGGAGCUAGGACAGCCUGGUGGUGAACAAGUACCCCAGGCUAGGACCAGGGGCAGCCCAGGUACCCAGGCCACCAAGCCCUUCAGUGGUGCCACCCCCACGCCCUUCUUGUUGGCUGGAGACCGGAGUCCUGCCCCUUCCCGGGGGAGUUCAUCCCCACAGCUGCAGAUCAAGUCUUCCUGCAAAGAGAAUCCCUUCAACCGGAAGCCAUCUCCUUCCGCAUCUCCAACCGUAAGGAAGGCCACCAAAGGAGCCAAGCCCAUGAGGCCACCUGCCCCCGGACAUGGCUUUCCUCUCAUCAAACGCAAGGUCCAGGCUGACCAGUAUAUCCCUGAGGAGGACAUCUAUGGUGAGAUGGACACUAUUGAGCGCCAGCUGGAUGCCCUGGAACACCGUGGUGUUUUACUGGAGGAGAAGCUGCGUGGAGGAGCAAAUGAGGGCAGCGAGGACAACAUGCUGGUGGACUGGUUCAGGCUCAUUCACGAGAAGCACCUACUGUUGCGGCGAGAGUCAGAGCUUAUCUACGUUAUCAAGCAGCAGAACCUGGAGCAGCGCCAGGCUGACGUAGAAUAUGAACUGCGGUGCCUUCUCAACAAGCCAGAAAAGGACUGGACAGAGGAGGAUCGGGCCAGAGAAAAGGUGCUGAUGCAGGAGCUUGUGACCCUCAUCGAGCAGCGCAAUGCCAUUGUCAACUGCCUGGAUGAGGACCGGCAGAGGGAAGAAGAGGAAGACAAGAUGUUGGAAGCUAUGAUGAGGAAGAAAGAGUUCCAAAGAGAGACUGAGUCUGAGGGUAAGAAAAAAGGCAAGUUCAAGACCAUGAAGGUGCUGAAGCUGCUGGGAAACAAGCGUGACACCAGAAGCAAGGUCCCUGGGGACAAGAGCUGACAGCACGGGAAGCAGACUUCCUCUCCUGUCCAGAGCCUCGAGGCCAGAACAGCACUCUGCUGCCCUCAGACUUACCAAGGGGGACAGUGACCUUGGGAGGGAGUCCCUGGGUGAACUUUGACCUCCUUGGGAGUCUCCAGCUGGUUUGGGCUGAAGUUUUCUUCCGUCUUUCUUCCCUGUGUCCCAGACAGCUGUGACUUAGCCCUGCCCACUUGGAUUCUGACUCCAGAUGCUGUGACAGGCCCAGGGACAAGCAGGGAUGCAGGGUCUAGGCAGAGGCAGUAACUCUCCUUGUACUUCUGAACCAGGUCAGAUGGAGUCUUCACUGUCAGUCCUGCCCAAGGCAGGCUCUGGCCACGACAUGUGCACCUUGCAGCAGGCCAGCAACAAGGCUUGCUGCCUAACUUCUUCCUUCUCAAUCCUGACAAUUAGUCUCUGCCUUCCUGUCUAACACAGGUGCCCUUGAAAGUCAUGUCCUCUCACUCAGGAGCUCUAUGAAGUCUCAGUGAAUGCUGUGCUGUGACAGUUGGGGAUGAACUGCUUUCCUCUGCCUCCCACGCUGUAGGGAGCUCUUCCCUUAUCUCUCUUGGUUCAUGGGAAGUCUCACCCACCACAUGGGGACCUGGUGGUUGUGCUAAGGUGGUGACUCAGACUAGCCUAGAAAGGCAUGAUUUGGGUAGGUGCUAACCUUUGUUCUCUAAGGUGUUGUGAUCUGAUCUGUGGUGCAGGGUUUCUGCCCACCCAUCCCAGGGGAUGGUCCCAUUCCUUUCUGUGGUUGAUGCAGUCUGUCUUUUCUGUUGUCUGUCCCUCCCAGGACUGGCGGCCAUUCACCCCUGGAUGGCCCUGGGAGAACAGUACUGGGGCACAACUUUCCCUGGGGAAUAUGCCAGGCAGCUUAUGAUCCGAGCACUAUUCUUGCUCUCGGGGUCUUCAGCGCCCCUCCCUCUGCAUCCUGGGAAGGAGUGCACUGUUCCUCAGUUGCCAGUGCCCGGUAGCCUUGGCCACAGCCACAUCUGUGCCCUUUUGCCUGUCUGUGCUCCACCUCAUGGCCAGGUGUCUGGCCACCCGGGAGGGGCUGGUCUGUCCACACAGUUGGGAACUUGACCACAGUGUCUACCAUGGGGCAGGAUUCUCUCCUUGUCUGGGGAGAGGUGCCUGCACUCCCAUAUGGCAGUCUUUCCAGAUGCGCUGUUGACCUGAAGCCCAGGCCACCACCUCAGGUUUUUCAGAAGGGUCCUGUGACCCAGCUGCUGUAACCCAGGAGAGGGCUCCACCAGACUGUCUCAGUGUCAAGCAUAGUUUCCAUGUCUCCAGGGACCAGCCCUCCUCACAGAAGUCACCCGUUGCCUGUGAACGUGGGCAUAGGCUUGCCACAUCUUGCUUACUUUUAAAAAGAAACCCAGAGUCCAGUUUUUGUACAGGCAUAAUCUGUAAAUGUUGCCAUUGAUUCGAGUUUGCCACUGUAGGCAGCACUUGUCCUGGGUUUUCCAGUGUGCUAGGCCUGGGCUGGUGGCUGUGUCCCUCCGACCUGAUGCUUAUCUGCUCGCUCUUACACAGUAGCCAUGUUUAUUCUUUGGAAGACAGAUUAUAUGUUCUGUUGGAAUUAUGGGAUUUGUAGCAGGUGCAGGAAGUAUUUCAUUUAGAGACAGGAAUGAUGGGAUACUAGUGAAGGUCAGGCUGUUUAGAGUCAGCAGUCUGAAGGACACUGCUGUGCAGUAAACCAGUUGUGGGGAGUGAGGGCAUACCAGGUGGGAGCAGGGCUGUUUCCUGAUUGGGUUCCUUGACCUUCAGGCUGGGACCUCGGAGGCAUGUGAAUGGAACUGGAACCAAGGCUGUGGCACCUGCCAGAGCCCUUUUAGUAUGGAUCCCUCCUUUUUAUGUUUCUUUCCUUAGUCUUCAUUUGGUGGAAGUCAUGAAGUUGACCUUUAAUCCCGAGUGGGCUCCUCAGCAGUAACUACCUGGAUGGAGUGUCUUGAUGUGCCGCGUGUUCACACUGCAGAAUUGAGGGCUAGCACUGACAACAGGCUGCUCAGGAAUCUGUUUCCCUGCUCCUCUGGAAAUGUGCAAACAGCGGUUAGAACCCAUGUGUGCUGGACGGGUUCUGAACAGAUUAAAUGUGUUUAUUCCUGUGGAAACAAGGCGGCACAUGUCAUGGCCAAGUUAAAUGUGUUUUAUUGGCCAAUUAAUCAUUGUGGUCAAACAUUUGCCCAAGGCUACAAGAAGGCAAAGAAACAGAUCCUAAGAUAUAGGAAGGACAGGACAGGGUUCACAGAGCACCUGGAGGACACCUGUGGCAUGAGAAGAGCCAGAGAGGGUGCCUUUAGGCAAAUGUCCAAGGUGCUGAGCUGGGGUGUCAACAUGGUGUGUCUGGGGCUCUUUCCCCUGAAGAAGGUCCCAAUACUGUGGCUGUGACAGUGGCUCAGAGGCGUCACUGAGGCCUCUGCAUCCCUGGGCAGUGCCACAUCGUGAUCUGGCGUGGUCUCUGGGGGUAGGCAGACCUGGGGAUGACACUGCUUGGCAAGGCGAAGGCUCUGGUGGUCGCACUGGGCUGGCCAGCCCUUUUCUAGGAUUAGGUGGUGGCGAGAGCCUUCCUAAGCUUCUCGCUUCUGCUGCGGUCGAUGUCCUCCAUUUCCCUUAUUUUCUGCAAAGGGUCACCAGGAAGAUUGCUGUCAUGGCAGGACACCAUGGUGGGAGCUUGCCACCUAAGAGGCCAGCCAUGGUGCUGGCUGGGGCUCCUCCCAUUGACUCUACUCUUCCCCACUUUUUGGGCUUUCCUACCUGGGAGAUUUCAGCCAGGAUGAUUCCUCGGUAUUGCUUGCCCUGUCCCAGAGCCUCCAUGGCAGCCAAGAAUUCUUUCCUGUCUUGGACUUCCUUCACCACUGCACAGAGGGGAAGGGCCAUCAGUGCACAGGGCAGUGGGAGUGCACAGGGGCCCAGGCAGCACAUGGCCUCUGAGGGAGAGCGGGGUAGGGGUGGGGGUGGGAAGGUCUAUAGCAAGUCAUGUUCUCUUGUUAGCCCCAUCAGUUCUACACACACAUACUCACAUUCUUCAAACCGGUCCAGCUCGGGAGCUGGCUCCUCUUGCUGCACACGAGGAGCCGUUUUACGUUCCUCUAUGUCCUUCCCAGUGGCAAAGAUAUUUUGGAGUCUUCGUUUCUCCUUCUCCAGAUCUCCUGUAGGGCCCAGAGACGGUCUUGUUAAGGGGGAAGAGCAAUCGUUUCCCUUAUACGCUGCAGGGUGUCGGGGUUGAGAGGAGUGGGCUCUGCAGACCCAGCACCUCCCUUGACUGUUCCAGAGCAGAACAUGCCAGGUUAGCAGUUGAAACAACCAAGAAAAAGCUUCAGUGCAGAGCUAACAGAGAAUCCAGAAAUGCAGGCCUCCGAGGUGACCUGUGUGUGGGGAAUUGUGAGGAUGCUGGGGCAUCUGGGCCAAAAGCAGUACUGGAGGCCAGUAUGAGGGGCUCCCAGAUGCGGGCUCAAAUACAGAGGAAAUGGAUUUGAGGGACCAUGUAUCCCCCUGGGAUUAGGAUUAGGAAAACGGGAUUAAUUUGAAAAAGCUAUAGGAAGAUGAAGAGGGCCAUCUGUCUGGGUUUGUUACCUGCUACUGGAAUGGUGCUGUCUGUCCCAGGCUGCUAUGACCCCAGAAGACAGAAGAGAGCCCCUAGCCCAAGACCAUCACUUACUGGUGGCCUGAGGCUUGAAUUGCUCACGGAUGUAUGCCCCAUUGGCUUGACACAUGCUGGCAGGCCGGAGGUGGGAGUGGGUAGCCAGAAUGGGAGGCAGGUAGAUGGUUGUAGCUGGCUUCUUGGAAGGAGAGUUCCUCUGGCUGGAUGUUGGGUUGCACUGCAAGGGCAGAGGGGCUCCUCCUGGGAACAAAAAGGUCAAGUGACAGCACCUGUUUGUCUAUGUUUUCAAAGAAAAAUGGUAUUUGCCAAUUAGAAGUCAAACAGCGUGGACAGUCCAGCCCUCUGAGCCUGCUCUGUAGGUUGUGCUAACAAUCAGGUGGUUGCUCCUUAUUCUUGAUGCUUCUAAAACACAUUCAAGGAUGUUUUUGUUCGGUAUGUACACAAACGGUUCUUAAACACUGGAUCACACCAUAUGGUCAAUAACAGACCCUUUUCACUUACCAAUUUAUUAUGACCAACUUUCCGUAAAGACACAUUUAUAUGUAACUUAUUUUUUAUAGUAAUCUACUAGUUAUUAGAAUGAUUCCACUAUUUAUUCAGCUAGUCAUUCAGGUUCUCUCUGGGUUUGUUUUGGUUUUGUUGGUUGGAUUUUUACUACUUCUGACAAUGCUGCAAUAAACAUUCUUAUACACUGA